AUGCAAUGUGCAUCGGACCCGGAGUGGUGGUCCUCCAUUGCAGCACAGACGCUCUCCGGGGGUAGCCCCUUCCCACCGCAGAGGGACCUUCCACUCCGGGACUAUGCCUUGGCGGUGGAGAGCAGUAAGGGUUGUUACCCGGAGGUUCUUGCCAGCGCUUACCUGGUGGCCGGGAUGAACGACCCUCCGUCGAUUCGGGAGCGAGCGGAGCUUCUUCAUCUGCCGUAUUGGGACUUGGUUGACCGUCUCGACCGCCGACAGCAACCACCGAGAUCGGCCGAGACGGUCGUAUCCAUUGCUCCCUCAUCCAACCCGAGAGGCAUCUUGACCGGGGCUGUCAGACUGGGGAGGUCGACUCCCGUCCCUCCGGUGCUGGAGACCUUUUCUUCGCCGACCUCACCCACUCCUGCGCUUGAUCUCCGUCCCGCAUCCUCUGCAUCCAGACGGAGGAGGAGAAGGACGAAAGACGCUCCGGAUCACCCGCCGGUGCAGCCGGAGACUCGUCACCCGCCGGUGCAGCCGGAGACUCGUCACCCGCCGUUCAACUACCCAUCAGAAGGAAAGACAUACAAUGAAUUUACAGGAAUCUGGUACAAAGAUGCAUCUGUAAUCUACCACAAAGAGACUUCCAAAAUCAUUGACAAUUUUAAGGAUCGCACUACUCUACUUGGUGAUCUGCAUCACAAAAAUUGCACUUUGAAAAUCAACUCUCUACAGCACAGCGAUACUGGACCAUACAUGUUCCGCAUCGAGAUCAAAGAUUUAGACAAGUACUCAUACCAGGACAAUAAAGUUUCUAUUACAGUGAAAGAUUCACCUGAAAAACCCAUCAUAUCUGUGAAUGAGGAAGUGAUGUCACAGAAAGAAACGACCGCUACCUGUAUUGUGUCACAUUCCUGCCCGUCUGACCAGCCGCCCCAACUCACUUGGAGCCUCAACGGCACGCACACAAGUCAGUCGCUGUCACAAGACCACGGUCAAUGGAAAAUAAAAUCAUCUCUGACCUUCACACCCUCCAGAGAAGAUCAUAAUAAACCUCUCAGCUGCUCUGCAAACUACAGUGGUGGGAAAAAAGUGACCAGCAGCAAAACACUCAAAGUUAAAUAUCCUCCAUAUAAUGUAAAUGUGAAGAGUAACUUGCCGGUGAAGGAGAACACAUCUGUUGAACUGAUCUGCUCCUGUGACAGUAAUCCACCUGCUAGUUUCCAGUGGAUUAGUUCAAAUGGAUCUGUUUUGGCUAAUGGACCCACCUAUAAACUGAAUAAUGUGUCCCGAUAUACUGAAGCCAUAUCCUGCACCGCCAAUAACACAGAGGGACAAAACAGCUCCAGUCCUCAUAAGAUUAAUGUGUUAUAUCCUCCUGAGAUUAAAAACGGGUCUUUCUGCAAAUCAGAGACUACAGUCUGUGUUUGUAUUGUGGACUCCAACCCACCCAGUGAAGUCAAGUGGUUUGGUCCCUCGGGAGCUUUCCCCAGCUCCAGCAUUGAACAAAAAGGUUUUCGUACCAUCUUUACCCUUCAGGGGUGGGAGGGUUUCCCAGACACUAUCCAUUGCUCUGCCAGUAACAGCGAGGGAAACUCUGUCAUAACUCUCCAAGUCCCUAAUCAUCGUAUAAUCAUAUAUAUUGCAGUUGCCACAGUUGCUGUUUUAGUUACUUUGGUGGUCAUUUCAAUUUGUGUAGCCAAAAGACACUGUAGGCGCAGAGCUGAGGAACAGCAUUCGAUGGAUUUGAAAGCUGACAAUGAAAUGAAGACAACCCCAAAGUCUGGCUUAGAAAGCAAAAAAGAGAAAAGCAAUGGUAUUUACAGAAACAACCAAGAUGACUUUGUUGAUUAUGAGAACUGGGGGCGUGAUGACCUGCCAUGUGGCCAAGAUGAAGAUCAAGCAGUCUAUGCUAACAAGUAAAAAUAAAAAAAACACAUGAUUAACCUGUUUUGCAGUGACGGCCAGUGACUUCAUUUUUGAGGGCGAUCGAUGCGAAGUUCGUCACAACAUGUAUGUAGCCCGUCGUGUGUGGUUUUUUUCAAAAUAUGUGUUCUGCGCAUCGAGAGAUCUUGUAUGCAUCAUGUGUCUUGUCAAAAUAAGUACCUGCUGCAGAUGCGUCUAAAGGGUUUAUUAUAAAAGAAACUCUCGCGUUUGCCAGAUACUCACAUCAUUUCAUGCGUAAUCAGAGUUUACUGUUAAGGGAGUGUCUUGUGUGUAUUUUGUGAACAUGAGCGUCUCUUUUAUCAUAAACGGUUUUGACGCGUGUGCAGUAGGCACUUAAUUUUGACAAAACACGUGAUGCACAUGGUUCACAUUACACAAAAAUACAUAUUUUGAAAACUCAAGCACCACACAUGACACUCCGAACACUUAUUUUGAAUUAGCGCCCCUUGGAUGAGCAGUCAUGAGCCCCCACUGCUGUUUUUAAUAAUUAGAAAUGUAAAGUGCCACGCACCAUUUAUUUCCAUGGCCAUGCAAUUUCUCUGCAAUUAAUUUCUAAGUCAUGUUUGUUUUUUUCUUAAGGCGUAGCAUUAAGUUCCUUAAUUCAGUGUAGGUAGCAAAACGAUUUUGUUUUAAAAGCAAAAGUUUAAAUUCCUCUUCUUAUAACAGUUUUGAGCCUAACUACCUAACUACUGUUUUUUAGCAUUAUAUUUUAUUUUUAAAACCAAUAGACAUUUGCUGCUGUGAUAGGCUGAUUUGGCUCUUAAGUUUGUAUGGUCUCUGAUCAGGUGCAAAACAAUUCUUGUACAACUGUUUGAAGGCUUAACAUUAUAUGAGUUAGUGUGGUGUUACAGAAGGAGUUUUAACAGUGCAUAAUAUGCUAUUUGGUAUAUUCUCAUAUCAUGAAAUAAAAACAUGAAUCAUAAUCAGGUUUAGUAUAAUUUAUGAAAAUAAUGCAAACUUGAAUCCAGUCUUUAAAUGGCACAUACCAAAUACUAGAUAAAUAUUUUCAAUCAAAUUGCAAUAUUUUGUUGCUGUUAUGUUUAUGUAAUUGUGAACCAA